GUUGAGUGACGCGGCAGCCCCACCUCUCCUGCCCAGGACAGUCCGUGGGAAGUUUUGACAGCGGGCCCGCUUGGCUUGCAGCAGCCGGAUUUACACGGAGAUCGGCUGCUCCGACUGAUCGACAGUUUCGCGUCGGCAGAGAUUUUACGGGGGAGGUCGUGGAGCCAUCAUGUCGACCGUCCCGGAGGAUGUGACCAAACUCACCGAGAACACGUACAAGAAUGUCAUGGAACAGUUCAAUCCCGGCUUACGGAACCUCGUCAACUUGGGCAAAAGCUACGAGAAAGCCGUCUCAGCUAUGACUCUAGCAGGAAAAUCUUAUUUUGACGCAGUGUCCAAAAUUGGAGAGUUGGCUGCAGUCUCGCCGGUUUCCAGAGAGCUGGGUGAAGUGCUCAUAGAAAUCUCAGACUCCCACAAGAAACUCAAUCUGGAGCUGGAGGACAAUUUUAAACAUUUCCACAAGGAGAUCAUCGCUGAACUGGAGCACAAAAUUGAGCUCGACAUGAAGUACAUGAAUGCAACCCUCAAGAAAUACCAGACCACACAUAGAGACAAACUGGACAUGCUGGAGAAGUCAAACUCUGAACUGAAGAAACUUCGGAGAAAAAGUCAAGGGAAGAACGCCACCAAGUAUGAAAAGUUAGAGAGUGAGUACGUGGAGACCAUCUCGUCGCGGCAACUGGACAUGCAGCAGUUCGUCGCAGAUGGCUGUCGAGAGGCUCUCCUGGAGGAGAAGCGUCGCUUCUGUUUUUUGGUUGACAAGCACUGUACGCUUACAUCCAGCAUCUUCGGCUACCACAGUAAGGCCCAAGAACUUCUUGGCAAGAAGCUGCCCAACUGGCAGGAUAAGUGCACCGAUGCCACCAAAGUGCCAGAUACCAUCUUGACGAUGAUUGAGGGCAUGAAGAGCUCCAGCACACCACAGCCCUCCCCUCACCCAGGGCGGUACAGCAUGAGCACAGAACCUCCAAACCCGCCCCCGGCUCCAGCACUGAAGGCACAUCCCAGCCCCUUAGUGGACAUGUUCAACCACACAGAGCAGCCAAAAGUGAGCUCGACCACUGAGAAGAAGGCCAGUACUGGUCCCAGAGAUGAUAGCAGUCUGCCCAGGUCAGUUUCCGUUGCCACCGGGUUGAACAUGGUCAAGAGGCCCAGAGUGAUCACCAUUUUUCCUCACACUGCUGGCAGUAACAACACCCUUCUGAGCUUUCAGGAUGGUGAAAUCAUCAUACUCCUUACGCCAGAAGAGAAGGAUGGUUGGCUGUACGGCGAGCACGAAAAGACCAAAAGGAGAGGCUGGUUUCCGUCCUCCUACUGCAGACCCUUCACUGAGCAAGCCGAGGACAACAGAAGCUCUGCACCCGUGCGCAGCGUCAGCACGGCCAACCUGGUCAAUCAGCAGAGUAACAGUAUGAUUCUGCCACCUCCAGACUACGAAGAAUCAUCUCCUCCAGUCCGAAGCACUGAGGUCAGCGCUGUGCCGCCCCCGCCAGCAUACUCGGGUGCAGAACAGAAUGGCAUCGUAAAACCACCUUUUCUUGGUGGCGGCAAUCCCUUUGCCACCGUCAAGCUGCGCCCCACUGUGACAAAUGACCGGUCAGCCCCCAUUCUCUGAAAACUGUGCCACCUGGAGAUCUGCAGGACUGCAUAAAACUGUCUCGUCGUACUUGUGUGAGGAAUAAAACAAAUCCAAAGAGUUCUACCUUUUUUUAAAAAAAAUGUAUAUAUAUAUAUUUUCAAAAUUGAAAAAAAUGCCUAUAUGUAUAAAUAUAUAUAAAUGAAAAGAUAAAAAUAAACAAACAAAGUGAGGUUUUCGCAGGUGCUGGUUUGAGUGGAAUGGUCAGCCACGAGUGAGUCUCCACAGCCUGGCCAGCCUUACUAGACUAGCACUUUGAUUUCUUAUCGCCCCACCUCUACGGACCCCCGAGGCUCCUGGAAAGCAGAAUGAGGCCGUGGUCACGUGGUCAUCCUCGACUGUUCUCUUGAAGAGGGUCCGGCUUCUGGGAUGCUGGCAGGGCUUCUGUUUUCCCCCAUUUUUUUUUUUUAAUACACAAAUACUUGAUUGCUCUGCAGCCGGCCAAAGGCUCUUUGGAGGGAUGAAGCCACGUGGACCUUUGAUGUUGCAGAUUAGGAGCAGCGUGCAAUAAUUCCUGUCUCUCAUUACAUGCCCUGUAUUUGAGCACAAUAAAGCCUUUACUGAUUUUAACAGCA